ACGUCACAGGGAAUUUCCAGUAAGGAAGUGAACUUUCUAUACAAACACAUCGAUCGGGGCUCCCAGCGGUGAUCAAUAAACCGUUAUCACCUCCGAUCGGGCUGAUUUUCAAUCCAAACGCCGCCGGGGCCGGAGCCGGAGCUCUAUGCUCGUCUAAUGAGGAGGACGCGUUGAGGCUUGAGCGCUGUCUCCGCAAUCAGCACACGGUCUAAUAGAGUACAUGGCGCCUUCAACUGAAUAAGACAGUCAUUGUGACCUCUCUCUCGGACUGACAGCGCACAUUGAUGUUGAUCCUGUAUAGCGGACAGUUAUCGGUGAAGGAACCAUGACGGAAGAGGAUCAUUAUCUUGCACAUCAAGAGUUCUUAGACUUUGGGCAACCAUGGAUGCACCCAGUGGACCAACAUUUCCCACCUGUUUCACACACCAACACGCCAAGAAUAGAUGGACCUUGUCUCCAAAUUAUAGAGCAACCAAAACAGCGAGGCUUCAGGUUUCGUUAUGGCUGUGAAGGCCCUUCCCAUGGUGGACUCCCGGGAGCCUCCAGUGAGAAGAACAGGAAGACGUACCCUCAGGUCAAGAUCUGUAACUAUCAAGGUCCAGCGCGGGUUGUGGUCCAGCUGGUGACCAACACCAAACAGCCCCAUCUGCACGCACACAGCCUGGUGGGCAAGCAGUGUGAGAAGGGCAUCUGCAUCGCCGAUAUCCAGCCCAAAGACUCCUGCAUCAGUUUUCCUAACUUGGGUAUCUUGCACGUGACUAAGAAGAAUGUGACUAAGACCCUGGAGGAGAGGAUGAGUGAGGCCUACAGGCAAGGCUAUAAUUUUGGAGUAGCCAUUAACCCGGAAAUUGACUCUCUUCAAGGAGAGACACGCAUCCCCAGGGAGCUCUCAGACCAUCAUAGGGGUCUGAUCGGCUUGGCUGCGAGCCACCAGGCCAAAGACAUGGACCUGAGCGUGGUCAAACUCAUGUUUACUGCUUUUCUGCCGGAUGGGGAGGGGGGCUUCACCCGGAGGCUGGACCCGGUCAUAUCUGAGCCAAUCUACGACAGCAAGGCCCCAAAUGCCUCGAAUCUGAAGAUCGUGAGGAUGGAUCGAACGGCGGGCUGUGUGACAGGGGGAGAGGAGGUCUACCUGCUGUGUGAUAAAGUCCAGAAAGAUGACAUCCAGGUACGCUUUUAUGAGGAUGAUGAAACGGGCAUCGCCUGGGAGGCAUUUGGGGACUUUUCUCCAACUGACGUCCACAGGCAGUUUGCCAUCGUGUUCAAGACUCCCAAGUAUCGGGACCAGAACCUGCAGAAACCCAUCUCAGUGUUUGUGCAGCUCAAGAGGAAAUCGGACAACGAGACAAGCGAGCCCAAACCUUUCACUUACCACCCGCAGAUCAUAGAUAAGGAGGAGGUUCAGAGAAAGAGGCAGAAGACCCUGCCCAAUUUCCCAGAUUACGGGGGCCCAGGGGGCGGAGCUGGGGGCAUGUACAGAGGAGCUGGAGGUGGUCCUACGACAGGAGGUGGCCACAGUGGAGCAGGAGGCGGAGGUCACUACUACCAGGGAUAUUCAAAUUAUAACAACUUUAACUCUGGCUAUGGCUUCCCCCCCUCCAUGGGUGGGGGAGGGACUGGCAUCAAGCAUGCUGCUCAUGGCCCUGUGGAAGACACUGAUGAGGACAGUGACAGUGAUCUAGAUGAUGAUCCAGGCUCAGGGGGAGCAGUCAGAGAAUACGUCCAGCCACAAUCCACAGGAGUGAGGAGUGAGGAGGGUAAUGAUUUAGAGGAGCUCACGUCUGAUGAGACAGAAGCUGCAGACUGUGCCUUUGAUCCGCAGUUGGCCGAGGUGGCGCACAGACAUGCCUGUGCUCUGUUUGACUAUGCAGUGAGCGGCGAUGCUCGCAGGCUGCUGGUUCCACAGCGCCCCCUAAUGGCCACUCAGGAUGAAAAUGGAGACACGGGACUGCACUUGGGUGUGAUCCACAGUCAAACAGAUGCAGUGAAGAAUUUAGCCCAGGUUAUUUCAGGUGUUCCUGGAGAGGAUGCUAUUAACACAAGGAAUGACUUGUAUCAGACGCCUUUGCACCUGGCGGUGGUGACUCAGCAGAAAGAGGUGGCAGAGGCUUUGCUUGCAGCUGGAGCAGAUGUCACUCUGACUGAUCGCCAUGGCAACACAGCAUUGCACUUGGCAGCCCAGCAGAAAGAGGGAGAGAUGGUGCGAUUGCUGUUGCACCACAAAUGUGUGCUGGAGUUAACCAGCGUACCAAACACAGCAGGUCUGUGUCCACUUCACCUGGCCGUCCUGGCCAACAGUCUGAGCAGUGUUAGGGCGCUGCUGAUGGGCGGGGCGAGUGCGGAGGUUCAGGAGCGCACCUGCGGCCGCACACCGCUUCACCUGGUGACCGAGCAUGACAAUGUGUCACUCGCAGGCUGCCUACUAUUGGAAGGUGAUGCUGAAGUGGACAGUGUCACCUAUAAUGGCUCCACCCCUCUUCAUAUCGCAGCAGGACGGGGCUCACUGAAGCUGAGCGCGCUCCUCGUAGCAGCAGGUGCGGACCCUGAUAAAGAGAAUUAUGAGCCACUGUUCUUCAGAGAUGAGGACUGCUGUGCCAUGGAUGAGGAAGAUCAGGAGGAUGAGGGCCACAUCCCAGGGACUACCCCACUCAACAUGGCUGCAUCCCCAGAGGUUCGAGAAAUCUUAAAUGGUAAAGAGUACCAGCCCAGCACUGUCUUUGUACCACCACAAGGAGACAUGCGUAGCCUGAGUGCGGAAACGAAGCAAACGCUGUGUCAGUGUCUGGAGGAGUCGCCGGGUGGGUGGGAGAGUCUGGCACAUGCACUGGGGCUCGGCAUCCUCACCAACGCUUUCCGCCUCAGCCCACGGCCCGCCUCCACGCUACUGGAUAGCUAUGAGGUUUCAGGCGGAACAGUUCGAGAACUCUUCGCAGGCCUGAAGAGUAUUGGCAACAGCGGCGCUGUCAGCAUACUACAGGAGCACUAUGUGUGUGAGGAAAAUGACGACACAUCAGCCUCUGAUAGAGCAGCACUCUCCGAGGGUCUUCAGGGGCUGAAGCUGGCACCAUUGGACGAAACCGGCAUGUGCGACAGUGGCGUAGAGACGUCCUUCUACAGGCCCAGCCUCAGCCUGGUCGACUCGCUCUGUGGACAGCUGGACGCACAGCUAGCUGCCGCUCUGGCCGAAGUUUGACCCCUCGACCCCUUCGACAUGCAGACAGCAGCAUGUACAGCAGUGCUGCCCUAACUGAAGCCAAACCAUCAACUUUGAACUCUGAAGUUUUAAUCCUUUGAUUCCGGAGCCACCCGCACACUUUCACUGCUGACCUGACCAUCCUUGUGAGAGGGACUGACAGACCGAUGCAGCAGCUCUGUAACCAAGCCUAUAAUGGGAGGCCAGUGCUCGUGGGCAAAGGAAUGCUUCAGUUUGUGGCUGCAUCGAUUUUUUUUUUUUUUUUUUUUUUUUUUUUUUUUUUUUUUUUUCUUUUCUUUUCUUUAUAUACUGUCUGUACAAAAGCAUCCAGACACCCUUUCUAAUGAGUGAAUUCAACUCCUAGGCUGGCACAGCUUAUAUAAUCUCCAUAGAAAAGCAUUGACCAGACCUCACUAACGGUUCUGUGGCUCAAUGCAAUUAUAUCACAGUUGUUCCAACAUCUAGUGCGAAACCUUUCUGUAGCAGUAGAGGCUGAAACUGCAGUAAAGGGAGACAAACUCUGUAUUAAUACCCUUGAUUUCAAAUGAAAUGCUGGUGUCUGUAAACUUUUGCACAUACAGCAAAUAUGCACAUGUCAACAUGCACUCGGUUGGACGUGUCACAGUUAUGUAAGAUUUUUAUUUAAUUGUAUUUGCUUGUAUUUUUUAUAUUCAAUGCAGUCAUGUUUUUAUGGAUUUUGAUUUUCAUAACGAUUAGACAUCAGUGGUGAAUAGUGGUGCAUAGUGGAUCUCUUGCCAUUCACAAAAGACAAGAUAAGCUAUAGUUGGUCCAAGCUAUCUUCUGAUCUUGGCAGAGCAACUUUCAGAAUUGCUAUUAAUAGGGGUGUAAAAUUCUUACCCUAAUGGUUCAGUUCAUAAGGAUUCAGUGCAUCACGGAACCCCAGAUUUCUUUAGUAGUAAAACAGGAGGAACUGUUUACACUGUAGUGGCAUAUAGAUGAUAAAUACAGUAAAGCUUUGGGGGGGAAUUAUAUUUGAAAACAGCCUAGAAAAGUCCACAUACUUUGUUGGUUGAUUGUAAUUGUAAGCAAAUAUAACCGUUGUAACCUUUAAAAAUGUGUGUAUUCAGGCUGCUGAGGAGGAACCUCCAUCUAAGCAUUGGCCCAGUUGUUGGGAGACUGCGAGUUUGAUUUACGUUUUGGAGGAAGCAUGUAGUAGCCUUCACCCGCCCAGAAUGGUGGCAUCAUACGAUAAGUGCGGUUCUGCUAGCGGACGGUAUUGUCAAAGGCUGGAUUGUCAUCUUCAAAUGGAUUUUUACACCCCUAUUAAUAAUCCUCAGAUUUGACUGCACAGGCUUGGUUUGACACAGAAGUUGUUUACAGCCAUAACUAUAACUUAGUCUUUUUGUGCGUGAAUGAGUGGUGAAGUCAGCAUCAUUUGGAGUUUGAAUAUUCAGGGUUUAAGUCAUGUUUAUUUUUUUUUAAGUGGUUUUAAAUGAAUCCUGCCUCAGGAAUUCUGCACUCCCAGAAUGCAUUUUGGAUGAGAAAUGCCUUUGUUUAGUUUUGCCUCUAUGAGUUACCAAAGCUUCGCAUCCGAAACCAAAUUACUCCCGAAUCUUGCAGUGUGAAAAAGAUUCCUUGGCAAUUUCUUACUUUGUUCUCUGAGCCUCUGGACCAAUAGGCUUAUUUUUUGUAUUGGUGGGGAAAAAAUGAAGUUGGCGGUAGUUUUUUUAAGAAUAAGAAUACGUGAAAGCUAGCUUCACUGCAGUAGUGUUCAUCUCUGUACUUACCUUCUCUGAGCUUUUCUCUUCUUCACUCUUGCAUCACACAGGUGUUUAUGGAUAGGGUGCUGAUUUUUAUUCUCUCACUUAGUGGUGCUAACGAUGACCGGAAUUGUGGUGAUGACGAUGACGACGAUAUCAGUACUGAUGAAAGUGGCAGUUGUUUUUUGUUGUUGCUUGUUGAGAGAAUCUGCUUACACACCAGAGUGUAUUUCAUAAGCUGUGAUCGAGCAUCGACAGAAUCGGAGAAUCGAUUUCUCCACCUUCGUGGUUUUUGUUUGUUUGUUUGUGUUUCUUUGUAUUAACAGAUUAAAAGGCGAAACGUUCCCAAGGUUAAGAAACUCAAAGGUUACGUGAAGACAGCAGGCUGGAAUUGCGUUAGGGUUAUAUUUACAGUGGACAGCAUCAUAUUGCAAUUGGAGGUGGCACGAUACCACUUUCACGAUACUGAUACCAUUAUUGAAACCUUGAGGAUAGACGGAUACCGAUACUGAUACUCUUUAUGGAUUCCAGCUGUGCUUAAACAAGAAUGGGCAGCUACAUUUUUGAUCACAAAAAGAGCAAAAUUAGUCCUGUUUAAUUGUAUUUAGUGCAGAGACAUUGAAUCAAAAUCAUUCUACUGAUAGCAAAUUGUGGGCACCAUAAAUGUGGCAGUGUCCUUUUUUGUCUGUUCCAACUCAUCAAACCUCAGAAAGAAUUAAAUAUUGCAAUAUUGCAAUGCAUGUUUUUACGUAUAUAAUACUUUAUUUUUUCCAUAUCACCAAGUUUUACAGCUAAGCUUUCAACUUAGCAAUGUUCUUCAGAUUCUCACCAGAGGAAUCUGACCUUCCCUCUCUGUGCAUGCCAGUCAGCUGGAUGCCAGAUUUUGUUCAUGAUUUCUGUUGUUUUGAUUUAUGAACAUGAAGCUAGAAAACGAAAGAUUAACAGUUAUGAAAUUUAACAACAGAAUUGAAUGGAAUCUGUCCAUCUGUAGGCGUGCAGUUGGAUGUUGCAUUUAGGUACACACACAGGUUUAAAAGGAGUCUUGAUGUAUUUACAGAAAAGAUUUAGGUGACUAUUGACUUGUAGUGUUUGUUAGCAUCAUCUGCUAUAUAGCUUCAGUGCUAAAUUAAAAAAAAAAAAAUUUGGACCCCAAACAUGUCUUGGCUGAUUGACUACUUUUUCACCAAACCCCUUUGUUAAGGUUAAAAAAUCUGCUAAUAUCAGCCUGAUAGGGAUACCUGGUAUCGGAUCGUUGUCAUCUAUAGUUGCAGUUAUGAUGUACGAUUUAUUGAAAAUAUGGGUUGAGAAUAGCCUUUAUGUGUGUGGCUAGCUCCAGCCCUCAUUUGGAGAAGGACUGGGACCCAGAUACAAUUCCAGUCGUUAUAGCAAGGUAGGACAUACCUUGAGGCACAGCAUAAUUGGCGGAGAAAAUCGAUCUAGUCCUAGAUCUCCUCAGGUCUACAGUGACGUGUCCAUAUCAUCACAUUUAAAAAUUUGAGAUGGUGUUCUGAAUGAUGCCUGCUCAUCGUUUUGUGAAAUGGGAAGCUGACUGUAGGUGAGAUUGCUUGUUUAUAUGUGUAGAUAUCAAGGCUUAAUUCUAAUUCAUUACAGCCAUAAGUGUUGUUUCUGUGGAGGCCCUUCUGAGAAGAACGAUCCUGAACUGAAGGCCUUGGGGAAUUCCACUGAUUUUUCUCGUUUUCUGCAUGAUGAAAUCUUUAAACUAUAAAGUCAUUCAGAGUGGUUUGAUGUUCUUGAGAAACAUGUCACAGUGGUGGUGAUAGGAACCAUAUGUUUGCCUGGUCUACAUUACAUCAAAUUCAUGAAUAAACAGUAAAUAAAAUGGCUAUAUUUGUGUUGUAGACUGUGAUAGUGACACUGGGUUCCCAUCACCACCAUUGCAAAGGAAAAUAAAAGAGCCUUUAAAUUUCUCUUAAAUGCACCAUUUUACAUCUAACCACACUGAAUGACUUGCUCACAUGUCUCAAUAUUUGAUUCAAGGUUUGAAAAGUUAAUGAACUUCCUCUUUAAUAUUAAGUAUGAACAGUGUUCUUUCUUUCUUGCUUGUGUUCGCCUGUGGGCCUCUAUAGUUGUCAGAAUUAAUUUGAUGACGACGACCUGCUAGAUCUUCGAGUAAACCUGCAGCCGCCUUCACAUGGAAGCGACCCAGCCAUCGCUACUCCAGACCGCUGGAUGAAUGUAUGGAACCCUUUAAUAACCUGACACUCCUACAGUCCAUCACUGUUCUCUAUUCCGGUCUGUUUUUAGAGACGUCCUGCCCUCCUACAGCCUCCAAUCUCAUUCCCUCAUUCCCUUGGACUUGAACCGGGAGUGAACGGCACUUGGCUCAUCAGACAUAUCAACCUGCUCUCAGCCACAAACUGUAAACUGACUCGAGCCGGAAUCCGGAAAUGCUUUCAACCAUUGCAGUGAUGUUG